AAUACUUUUUCUCCUCUACACUCCUUCUGCUUCAAAUUUACGCUGUCUGUCUUAUGUUUUUUCCCCUUUUUGGCCUUUCUUCUAGAAAAAACCAUCUUUGAAUAGGACUUAAAAAUCUUUUGAGCGCUCACUUUUCCGCUAGGGUUUUCUUCUCCACAUACGCUCUCUUUGCGUUUUCUAGGGUUUUUGUAACUGAUUUCUAGGGUUUUAUUAUCAGUCACUAUGGCGGCGGAGAAGCUUAGAGAUUUGAGUCAGCCUAUUGAUGUUUCGUUACUCGAUGCUACUGUUGCUGCUUUCUAUGGCACUGGAUCUAAGGAAGAGAGAGCUGCAGCGGACCAUAUUUUGCGUGAUUUGCAAAAUAAUCCAGAUAUGUGGCUUCAAGUGGUUCACAUUCUAUCGAGCACACAAAGUCUGAAUACUAAGUUUUUUGCGUUGCAGGUUCUAGAAGGUGUUAUAAAGUAUAGAUGGAAUGCAUUGCCUGUUGAACAAAGAGAUGGAAUGAAAAACUAUAUUUCCGAAGUUAUUGUGAAGCUUUCCAGUGAUGAAGCAUCUCUUCGGCGGGAAAGGUUGUAUAUCAGCAAGCUAAACAUAAUAUUGGUUCAGAUUUUGAAGCAUGAGUGGCCAGCAAGAUGGCGAAGUUUCAUUCCUGACUUAGUUGCGGCUGCAAAGACAAGCGAAACUAUUUGUGAAAACUGCAUGGCCAUAUUGAAGCUUCUCAGCGAGGAGGUUUUUGAUUUCUCGAGGGGUGAAAUGACUCAACAAAAGAUCAAGGAGCUCAAACAAUCUUUAAACAGCGAGUUUCAACUCAUCCAUGAGCUAUGCAUGUAUGUGCUAUCAGUAUCGCAAAGAACUGAGCUCAUCAGAGCUACACUUGCUACACUACAUGCUUUCCUUUCAUGGAUCCCACUUGGCUAUAUUUUUGAAUCAACACUGCUGGAAACCCUGCUUAAGUUUUUCCCCGUGCCAGCUUAUCGCAAUCUCACUCUUCAGUGUCUAACAGAGGUUGCUGCCCUUACUUUUGGGGAUUUUUAUAAUGACCAGUAUGUCAAGAUGUACACCAUAUUCAUGGUGCAGUUGCAGAAUGUUCUUCCUCCCAACACAAGCAUUCCCGAGGCCUAUGCUAAUGGAAGCAACGAAGAGCAGGCAUUUAUUCAAAAUCUGGCAUUGUUUUUUACGUCAUUUUUUAAGUCUCAUAUACGUGUGCUAGAAUCAUCACAAGAGAGUAUAAAUGCCCUCCUGUUGGGACUUGAGUAUCUUAUUAACAUCUCAUAUGUUGAUGAUACAGAGGUUUUCAAGGUUUGCUUGGACUACUGGAAUUCCUUAGUUCUUGAGCUGUUUGAACAAACUCAUCAUAAUCUAGAUAAUCCUGCAAUGACUGCAAAUAUGAUGGGGCUCCAGCAGAUGCCCUUGCUUUCCGGUAUGGCUGAUGGCCUUGGAGCGCAACUUGUGCAGAGGAGACAACUUUAUUCUGGUCCAAUGUCCAAGUUGAGGCUACUUAUGAUAUCUCGCAUGGCCAAACCUGAAGAAGUUCUCAUUGUUGAGGAUGAAAAUGGGAACAUUGUCCGUGAAACAAUGAAGGACAAUGACGUCCUUGUGCAAUACAAGAUCAUGAGGGAAACUUUGAUCUACUUGUCACAUCUUGAUCAUGACGAUACUGAAAAGCAGAUGCUGAAGAAACUUAGCAAACAACUCAAUGGUGAAGAUUGGUCGUGGAACAAUCUAAAUACAUUAUGUUGGGCAAUUGGUUCCAUAUCUGGGUCGAUGGUGGAGGAGCAGGAGAACAGAUUCCUUGUCAUGGUGAUACGUGAUUUGCUGAACCUAUGUGAAAUCACCAAAGGAAAAGACAACAAAGCUGUAAUUGCAAGUAAUAUAAUGUAUGUGGUUGGGCAAUAUCCUAGAUUUUUGAGAGCUCAUUGGAAGUUCUUGAAGACUGUCGUGAACAAAUUGUUCGAGUUCAUGCAUGAAACACAUCCUGGAGUGCAGGAUAUGGCCUGUGAUACUUUUUUGAAAAUCGUUCAGAAAUGCAAGCGCAAGUUCGUUGUAGUCCAGGUUGGAGAAAACGAGCCAUUUGUCUCAGAACUCUUAACGACUCUUCCCACAACUAUUGCAGAUUUAGAACCUCAUCAGAUUCAUACCUUCUACGAAUCCGUUGCUCAAAUGAUCCAAGCAGAACCUGAUCCCCAAAAAAGAGAUGAGUAUGUCCAGAGGUUGAUGGAGCUUCCAAAUCAGAGAUGGACUGAAAUUAUAGGCCAGGCACGACAAAGUGUGGACUACCUGAAGGAUCCAGAUGUUAUUCGGGGUGUUCUGAAUAUAUUGCAGACAAAUACAAGUGCUGCUAGCUCACUAGGAACUUAUUUCUUACCUCAAAUUUCUCGCAUCUUUCUGGACAUGCUCAAUGUUUAUAGGAUGUACAGUGAGCUUAUAUCUACAAGCAUAGCACAAGGAGGGCCCUUUGCCUCAAGGACAUCCAUUGUGAAACUCUUGCGCUCGGUAAAAAGGGAAACAUUAAAGCUUAUUGAAACAUUUUUGGACAAGGCAGAAGAUCAACCACAUAUCGGGAAGCAAUUUGUGCCGCCAAUGAUGGACCCAGUUUUGGGUGACUAUGCAAGGAAUGUGCCUGAUGCUAGGGAAUCUGAAGUUCUCUCUCUUUUCGCUACAAUUAUAAACAAGUACAAGGGUGCUAUGAUUGAGGAUGUCCCUCGAAUAUUUGAAGCUGUUUUCUCGUGUACUCUGGAGAUGAUCACAAAAAACUUUGAGGAUUAUCCGGAGCAUCGGCUCAAGUUCUUUUCGUUACUUCGUGCAAUUGCUACACAUUGUUUUCCUGCUUUAAUACGGCUGUCGAGUGAGCAAUUAAAACUUGUUAUGGAUUCUAUAAUAUGGGCGUUUCGGCACACGGAGAGGAACAUUGCUGAAACUGGGCUUAAUCUCUUGCUGGAAAUGCUGAAAAAUUUUCAGGUUUCUGAGUUUGCUAACCAGUUUUAUAGGACUUACUAUUUGACGAUCGAGCAAGAAAUUUUUGCUGUUCUAACAGACACGUUUCAUAAGCCUGGGUUUAAAUUGCAUGUAUUGGUGCUACAGCAUUUAUUUUGCCUGGUGGAGUCUGGCAUGUUGACUGAGCCUCUAUGGGAUGCUUCGACAGUGCCUUAUCCAUAUCCAAAUAAUGCAGCCUUUGUUCGUGAAUACACCAUUAAGCUUCUUAGUACAUCCUUCCCCAACAUGACAUCAGCUGAAGUGACUCAGUUUGUCAGUGGGCUAUUUGAGUCAACCAAUGACCUUCCCACAUUCAAGAAUCACAUAAGGGACUUCCUUGUGCAAUCAAAAGAAUUCUCUGCUCAGGACAAUAAGGACCUUUAUGCUGAGGAAGCAGCUGCCCAGAGAGAGAGGGAACAACAGCGGAUGCGUUCUAUUCCUGGUCUAAUUGCACCUAAUGAGAUACAGGAUGAAAUGGUUGAUUCAUGAGAUACACAAUGUUCACAUAUAUCCGUUUAUACCUCUGGAGGUGGUGUGGGUGUUUGAGAAUGUUAUCACGGACUGUUGUGGCCAGCUCAUCCUAUUUUAAAAAAAAUUCUAUCCUGUUGCAAAAAUUUUCUCACAAUAGUACUGAAAGUGGUCUGGCCUUGUGGCAUUGGUUCCAAGGGAAGGAUUGGCUGGGUGUAGGUAGUUAGACCCUAAUCUAGGAAUACAGCAUGUGUAUGGACAUUCAUGGUUUCAUUUGCGAUACUUUAGUUGGCUAGAGGAAUUGAUGGAUUGUUGAAUUGGCCUCAUAUUUCUGCCAUCAGGAGUAGGUUUAUUAAUGUAUACAGGCAUUGGCCGGCUGUGCAGUAAUCAUUUUUGUGUUUUGGUGGA